AUGGAUAUGGUGGUUGAUCCGAACAUGCAAAUGGAUAUAAAAAGACCGGCUUUACGAAGAUGUCCUGGAUUUGUGCAAGUCAGCAAGAGGAUACCACUUGGUGUCCUUCUUCAACCAAUUUCAGUUUAUAAUGGUAUACAGAAAGAAAUGGACUUAAGCUUGCAUCAGCGAGAGCAGGAUCUUGCCACGGGAAACUGGUGGUUUGUAUUUGGGGGUGAGAACGUUGGGUAUUGCCCAAACUCAUUGUUCAUAGGCUCAGGGUUAGCUAAAGGAGCACAUUUAGCAUCUUGGGGAGGUCAAGUGUAUAGCCCAUUAGCAGAGCAGAGUCCACUUAUGGGAAGUGGACAUUUUCCAAAGGAAGUUUUCGGAAAAGCAGCCUUUAUAAACGGUAUCAACAUCAUCGAUGGUUCGGGAGAAGCUUUGAUUCCACAAAUCUAUACUAUAAAGACACAACAAAGCAGUCCAAAUUGUUAUAAAGCCAAGUAUGUUCAUGAUGAUGAGGAUCCUUAUGGUGGUCCAGGAGGAUGCACUGGGAAAUGA